CAUGGUGAGGAAGCAACGUUUGGUAUUCUAGAACUUUGCUCAAAUGGAUGAUCGGAAAAGAGGUGGCACUGACGAUUUAGCUACUUUAUCUGAACUGAAUGAGGAGAUAAUUCUUCACGAACUGAGAGCCAGAUACAGUCAAGAUGUCAUCUACACCUACGUCGGCGAUAUUCUUAUCGCACUCAACCCGUUCAAGCCUCUGGAAAUUUACCACAAAAGUACUGCAGAAACAUACAAGAUGGCACAGAAAUCAUCCCAGCCUCCUCAUAUCUUUGCAAUUGCCAACUCCGCAUAUCAAGCGAUGCUGGGUGUGGGAGGAGCAAGUCCUAACAGUCAGUGCUGUGUGAUAAGUGGAGAAAGUGGGGCAGGGAAAACAGAAUCAGCAAAACUGCUAAUAAGUCAGCUUGUUGAAUUGUCAAGAGGAACUUCUCAGUUGGAACAACAGAUCCUUCAGGUGAAUCCACUGCUAGAGGCCUUUGGGAAUGCUCAAACUCUAAUGAAUGACAACUCAAGCAGAUUUGGAAAGUAUAUUCAGCUAAAAUUUCAGCAAGGCAUGGUCAUUGGUGCUAAAAUUUCUGAAUACCUUCUGGAGAAGUCCCGUGUUGUUCGACAAAGCAGAGGAGAGGAAAAUUUUCAUAUCUUCUACUACUUAUUCGCCGGGCUUUCAGCUGAUGAACAUAGCAAAUAUGGACUGACCAGGCCAGACAAAUACCGUUAUCUAUGCGAUGGAACAGCAAGUUUGAAGAAAGUCAAGAAGAACAAAAUGAUGUUUAAUGAGCUUCUGAAUGCUAUGGACAUGGUUGGGUUUCUUGACGAGGAACAAGAGGAUCUGUUCACAGUUCUUGGUGGUGUUCUGAACAUGGGUAACAUCGCUUUUGAGAUGGACGAAAAUGAAGGAGCCAUUGUUAAAGACGCACAUGGGCCUUUGAAGAUGGCUGCGAAACUUCUGGGUGUUGACACGGAGAAACUAGCAGAAGUGUUGACCUCCACAUCAACCACCACUCGUGGCAGUGUGAUUAAAAGAAGACUGAAAGACCACCAAGCGAUGGAUGUUCGAGAUGCGACAUCGAAAGCAAUGUAUGGUCGUCUCUUUGGCUGGAUUGUUAACAAAGUCAACCAGCUUCUGGCUCCGCCAUUGGCAUCAAGAGGAGAGGAGGUGACAGAAAUAGGUAUUCUUGAUAUAUUUGGCUUUGAACAUUUUGAGAAAAACAGCUUUGAGCAGGCCUGCAUCAACUUAGCCAAUGAGCAACUCCAGUUCUUCUUCAACCAGCACAUUUUCUUGUGGGAGCAGGAAGAGUACAAGAAGGAAGGCAUUGAUUGGACAAGCGUCACAUUCGCGGACAACAAACCUGUCUUGGAUUUGUUUCUCAAUAAACCAAUCGGUGUGUUGGCGCUGCUAGAUGAGGAGAGCCAUUUUCCGCAGAGCACAGACCAUUCAUUUGUGGAGAAAUUGAGACAAAACUGUGGGAAAAGUAACGUUUUUAUCAAGUCAAGGCAGUCAAACACGAACCUGUUUGGGAUCUGCCACUAUGCUGGAAAGGUUGAAUAUGACGCUACAGGUUUCCUGGAGAAAAAUCGUGACACUCUCCCACCAGGUGUUAUGAAUAUGCUGCGUAGAAGUGAUAACAGUUUGAUCACCACUAUCUUUUCUGGUACGGUCACUCGAACUGGUACAUUGGCUUUACAAGGACGAGUGAGCAAAGGAAAUGUGGUCAGAAGAACUAAGCGACUAAGUAAAGCUCGUCAAGGAAUGCCAGCCACCAAAAAGCCAACAGUUGGCGCACAAUUCAAGACUUCUUUAGGAAUCCUCAUGGAAAGAAUGACAGCUGCUAGUCCACAUUUUAUCAGGUGCAUUAAGCCAAACCAUGACAAGAUUUCGGACAGUUUUGACCUCAAAUACGUCAGAGAACAGCUGGCUUACACAGGGGUACUAGAAACAACGCGUAUCAGAAGGGAAGGAUUUGCUCUGAGGAUCUCUUUUGCCGACUUCAUCGACAGGUAUAAGCUUGUUUUAUAUACGACAAAUCUGCCGAAAACUGAGUCCAACUGUCGACAAAUUCUGAAGAAGUCAAAUCUACAUGGCUGGCAGAUUGGACAAACAAAGGUUUUUCUGAAGUACUGGCACGCAGACAAAUUGGCGGAUCAGCUCCUAAAAGCUCAGGAAGCCGUUAUUACCAUACAAAAAGUUGUUCGCGGUUUUGUGGCCAGACGAAAAUAUAAACGACUCCGAGAAGAAGCUAUGAUGAACUCCAGGAAAACAGCAACAUUGCUACAGCUUUCCAUUACUUGUGGAAAUAAACUGUACCAUAAACAAGAGGAAUUAAUGCAACAAGAUAACAAGGAAAAAGAAGAAAUCCUAAGGAAGAGAACUAUGAAUUAUAUUGCCUUAAAUUUCCCACCUCCACCCCCUGAAGAAGACGAGGAUUACUUUCCACCACCCCCACCAGAUGCUCUUGGCUUGCCUCCAAAGCAAAGCCAUGGGUCACUUGAUGAGAUAGAGAUAGAUGACGAGUUUCUUACGGAAGACAUGGAAGAUGAAGAAGAUGUCUUUAUUGGUCAGCCCCACCCUAUCAAAGGUGCAUUUGGUGGAGUGGUUAACAAAGCAGCUGCCGUGCAGUGGUUUCAAGAGACACAGGCUCCAAAGGGAGUUGUACAGGAUGAAAGUGGAGGAUUCAGUGUAUGGUUUCACGGAAUUAUUUCUAGGAGGGAAUCUGAGCGCUUGCUAUCAAAUAAACCAGUGGGUUGUUUCUUGAUCCGAGUCAGUGAAAGCCGGUUUGGUUACACGUUAUCCUACAGGGUAAAGAGCCGUUGUAAGCACUACAUGAUCGAUCAGACCCGCUCUGGGAAGUUUCUGAUUGUUGGAAUGCAGCGAGUCUACAAAUCUCUAAAGGAAAUGGUCAAUAUACACAAAAGGGAACCCAUAAAUUCAGAAGGAGACGUUCUCAUUGAACCUUGUGGACAGGAGUCUGAAGAAGAAGCAGAUUAUGUGGAACUGAUCAACGUAUUAGAGGAAAAGAAAUAUGUUGCUCUCCGUGACGUAAAUAGGAAUAAAAAUAAUAAUAAUGAUGAUGAUGAUGCGCCCCCACCCCUUCCGCCCAAGUCUCCAAAAUCUCCGAAACCUAAGGAGGAAACGUUACCACCGCCAAUUCCAGCACGUAAUUAUCAGGGAACAAGACUUCGCUGACGGUGACCUGGGACCCAAUUUUAUCUCUGAUACUGGAUGCAUUGGGUAUCCUGGUGAUUUACCAUUCUGUAUUGAGCUUUAUCAAAAGAAAAAGUUGAACGCUUUCAAAACACCGUGAAUUUCUGGCUUAAGUAUGAGACAGGUUGGUCUUAACAACCUGAAAGAACGUCAUUCAGUGAGCCAUCCUAGUCAUGCCGAGUUCAUAACAUUGGAUCAAGAUAGAAUUUCCAUGGGCUAAGAAAAUGCUUUUUUUUGGAUAAUCUAAUACAUUUCACCAUUGCCUUUGGGUGUAAAAAAGGCUUAUUUAUCUUGAUAUUUGAUUUACUAUUACUUUGUCUUUCUUGAAAAUGAAAAAUAAAAAAGUCAAACUAAAUCAUAA